ACCAAAUACUAUUAGAAGAUAUAGCGAGGUAUUGUCCACAACAGUUUUUAUCAUUCCAUCAAUGUAUGGCCCUUCCUCAACCAGAUCCAGAACAUUGUUUAAAUCAGCAGAUUGAAUUGACCAAAUGUAUUAAAACCGUAGUACCGUCAUUUCAGAAAAUACAAGCAACAUGUUCGGGAAAAUUACAAGCAUACGAAGCUUGUCUAAGAAUGUACAAGAGUGAUACAAGGAGGUGUACAAAUGAACUAGAGGGAUUGCGAAGUUGUGCCUUUGGGUCAAUCCAGAAAAGGCCUAUCGAGUGA